CUGCCCGCCCAGCCGCGCCGCUUCACCCGGAACCCAAGCACCCCUCUGUCCUCUCCGUUUGCUUCCCGGGCGGGCAGGGACCGCUACCGGCACCGGGAGGCUCAUCCCGGCUCUCUUGGGCUCUCCUCAGCUCGGUUUCUGCCGCCCCUUUCCCCUCCAUUUCCCCCCCUUCCUCAGCCGUCCCGCGCGGUGCCGCCAUGUCGUCGGUCGCGGCCGCCAGCUGCGAGCCCAAGGGCGGCGGGGAGGCGAAGGGGCAGAAGCAGCCGCUGAAGCCCUGCUGUGCCUGCCCCGACACCAAGAAGGCGAGGGAUGCUUGCAUCAUUGAGAAGGGGGAAGAAAAUUGCGGGCACCUAAUUGAAGCCCACAAAGAGUGUAUGAGAGCUCUGGGCUUCAAGAUAUGAGUGAGAUGAGCAGGACUGCGAGUGUGAUGAUGAUGGCUGUUGUGUGACUGGUGGAUUGGAAGGCUGAAAAAUAAACUAUUUCUGCAAGUUACUUCAAGGGACAAAUAUGAACAAAGUAUUUAUAAGAGUCUUUAAUGUAGACUAGUUAUGGUGUAUACAUCUGCAGCUUUUCCACUAUUAACUCUUUAUUGCUGUUAUAGAAAAAGUAUAUUUUUCCCCUCUAAUUAAAAGUCUAAAAUGACCAGUG